AAAAACCCACACACCUCUGUCGUAGACCCAAACUGGAAAAUAUCAAACAUUUCAGACUUGCUCUCUGACCUGUAUCGAUACAACUUGGUACUCGAUACAAACAUGGAUCACGGAUACGACGUCCUCUUCACCAGUGAAAUCGAGUCGAGGUUUCAAUGUCCGAUUUGUUUGCUGAUUCUAAGGAAUGCUGUCCAGACGGCUUGUGGGCAUCGGUUUUGUGACGCCUGCAUCAAGAAGGUCAUUUUAAGUAAAAACUCCAUUCUCACAUGCCCAGUGGAUAAAACUUUCUCCAAAGUGGACGAGAUUUUCCCAGACAUCGCCACGAGAAGAGAGAUCCUGUCACUUCCGGUGAAAUGUGCUAACACUGACUGCUGCAGUUGGCAGGGAGAGUUACGUGAGUUGCAGGCCCACCAAUCGACUUGCAGCAUGGAGAAAGUUGUCUGCCCCCAAUCUUGCGGCGUCAAGAUCCGCAGGUCUGAGGUGGAGAAACACCUGACCCUGUGCCCGUCACGCCCAGUCCACUGUCCCUACUGCGGUGAUCGGAUCCUGCACAGCAAAAUGGUGGGCCACACAGAGCAGUGUCCCAAGUGUCCAGUCACGUGCUCCAUGUGUGGGGACAAGCAGCUGCGCGAGGAACUUGGGCGUCACCUUGACCCUGACCAUGGGUCGUGUCCCAAGGUCAUCACCUCGUGUCCGUUUAAAUUUUCCGGAUGUCAGUUCAAGGCUGAACGCAGCAGGGUGGAGGAGCAUGCUAAAGACCCAGUUACUUUGUGCCAACAUCUGAACCAGGCUGGACUGAAGUUGGCGGAGUGUUGCAAGACCAUUGAUGAGCUCAAGGGAAAAGUGACAGAGUUAUCAAGCAAGACAAAUGAAGCUUUCUCGAUCAUCGGCGCCAACCAGCGCAGUACCACCCAGAUGGCUAGAGAACUGAAGGAAAGAAAUGUGACCGGUAAGCUGCAUUGGAAGGUCAAGGUCGGUCAGCUGAGAAACCCACGCACCAGUUACUGCAGUCCUGCAUUUUAUACCGGAUGUCCCGGAUACAAGGUUCAGCUGACCCUAGACAUGGAUGGCGUGAGGGAGGGCAAUGUCCGCUACACAAGUCUGAGCGUGACGCUACAGCCCGGCGAGUACGAUGACGAUGUUGUCUUUCCGUUCAACGCCACCUGCUACGUCACGCUCUACGACCAGGCCAACACUGCCUCACAGAGGGUCAACUUGACCCAAGAAAUUGUUCUCAGGGAAGUUCCCAGGAACCACAACAGAGGGGGUCAGGCUGGGGAGAGAAUCUACAGGAGAGAACACGGCAAAUAUGUGAAACGGAAUGAACUGCUGGGCAACAACUCCCGCUACCUGAGGCACGGUUUUCUCCACUUUGAGGUGACCAUCAUCCACUCUUUCUACCCUCCGCCAGAGGCCGCUGCUGCCUACAUGUCGUCUGCGUGUAUUUCCAACCUGAUGGGUCAAGGUGCCUUGAUUAUCCACACCCCACAGAGGAACCCAGUCACCAGACAAGCCGCCCUGCCCGCCCAGCCUCCCAUCAUGGGGCUUGCCACACUCGCUAUAGGAAACUAAGGACGCAGGAAACUAAGGACGCUAACUGGAUAAGAUGGCCAGGCUGCCAGAUUUUUAACUUUUUAUUUUUAUUCUUGAAUUUAAUUUUUAUGUAGCUAAAGUUUUAUGGUGCAAUAUUUGUUUUUAGUCUUCAAAUGAUUUUAAAUGUACAUUUUGUUGUUUUUAGUCUUCAAAUGUGUUUAAAUGUACAUUUUGUUUUUAUCUGGAAGUAUCUUAAAUUUUAAUUUCAUUAAAAACG